AUGGCUACUGGGACCAAAAUCAAGAACCUGGAAUCCCAGGCAACAUCAGGGCAACGGGCCCAUCAUCCUGUGUCGGAGACAAUCAUGCUGAUUGCCUUGCCUCCCCCAGCGAAGGAUUAUCUAUGUCUCUCCAUCACCUCCUUCUGCUUCUGCAUCCUGCUGGCGAUCCCAGCCCUGGUGUUCUCCCUUAAGACCCGGGAAGCCAACAAUGAUGGGGACUGGCGGAGAGCACAGAGGAACUCCAGGCUGGCCUUGGCCUUCAGUGUCUCCAGCAUCCUUGUGGGGUGCAUUUUGAUGGCCAGCUCUGUCACAUUAAUCUUUGAGACAGAGGAAGUGACAUCAUCUUGAAAGCCCACCUCACCCAGGGAGUUCUGUCUAUUCUUGGAGCUUCUGACCUCGGACACCAGCCAUUGUCUGUGCUGAGGAAGCCUUCAGCGUAGCAACAAUGCUAAGAGCAAUAAAGAUUUUGAGGAGGU